GGUGGCAGCAGCGAGUUGGCGCGGUGCGAGCGCGAGUGGCGGGAUGGUGCUGAACCGGGUGCGGGCGGUUUUCUUCGAUCUGGACAACACGCUCAUCGACACGGCAGGGGCGAGUAGAAAAGGCAUGUUGGAGGUGAUAAAGCUCUUACAAUCAAAAUACCAUUACAAAGAAGAGGCUGAAACCAUUUGUGACAAAGUUCAAGUUAAACUCAGCAAGGAAUGUUUUCAUCCUUCCAGUACAUGCAUUACUGACCUAAGGACUUUACACUGGGAAGAAGCAAUCCAGGAAACGAAGGGUGGUGCAGCCAAUAGGAAAUUGGCUGAAGAAUGUUAUUUCCUGUGGAAAUCUACACGUUUACAGCAUAUGAUACUAGCAGAAGAUGUUAAAGCCAUGCUCACUGAACUUCGGAAGGAGGUCCGCCUACUUUUAUUAACAAAUGGAGACCGACAGACCCAGAGGGAGAAGAUCGAGGCUUGUGCCUGCCAGUCCUAUUUUGAUGCUAUCGUUGUAGGUGGAGAGCAGAAAGAAGAGAAACCAGCACCUUCCAUAUUUUAUCACGGCUGUGAUCUCCUCGGAGUACAGCCUGGGGACUGUGUGAUGGUUGGUGACACGCUAGAAACAGAUAUACAAGGAGGCCUCAAUGCAGGGCUGAAAGCAACAGUCUGGAUAAAUAAAAAUGGAAUAAUGCCACUGAAGUCAUCCCCCAUGCCACAUUAUAUAGUUUCUUCUGUGCUAGAGUUACCUGCUCUCUUACAAAGUAUAGAUUGUACAGUCAGUAUGUCAGCUUAAGGCACAUAAAAGGGCAUGAUUAUGUAUUUUUAGGGUCAAAUUACAGGUUUUGAACUAAGAAAAGUUAAGGCAUUCCAUAUACUAAGACCCAGUUCUAAGAAUAAUUUUACUUACGAUUAAUAGCCAAUCAACCACUGACUGGUAUUUAUAUCUGGAAAUCCAGAGUACCUUAAUUAAUACAAGUUACUUUUAGUAGUAUAAUCCAGAAAACUUGAGGAAAUAUAUUAUUUGUUAAUCUGUGACUUGAGGUUUUUAAAAAAUUAUUAGACUUUUAGCAUCUUGGAUCCAUGAAGAUACCAGGCAAGAUACCUUAUACAUGGAUGCACAAAUACAGGUUUUAUGUUGUGUCUUAAAAAUAGAUAUUUUUUUAAAAUAGAUAUUCUAAAACAGAUAUGUAAUAGAGAUUUAUCAGAACAAUUGGAUCUGAUUAAUAGGAAAUAAGUGCUAAAUCACAUGCCAAUCAAGGCACUCCAUAGUGAAAUUAUUUUGCAUAUUUUCUUUUUUAAAAGAUAUAUACCAUAUUUUUGCCUACUUUGAAUAUAUAUGUUCUUUUAUGAAUCCAGUUUU